AAUGACAACAGAAAAUGGCUCCCAGUAUUACAGAGAACAGCCUGGGAACAUGACCCAGAUCCUGACACAUCUCUGGGACCUGCAAUGACAAGUUUGAACAGUAGCCAUGCAGAGAAAACUGAUGAAAUGUCUUCAAAGCAGUCUGCCCCAAAAGUGCAAGUUCAGCGAUCUGUUUCCAGAGAUAUCCUCACCAUUCACUUCUCGGCAUUUGGGAAGGAGGAAGAAGAGGAGGAAGAAGAGUUUAAGGAUUCUCCCAGUAAUGAACUGGAUGACCAAAGCAUUGUAACAACAGCAGUUGAAGCCAAGGAAGACCUCUGCUUUGAACAUGGUGGCCAUGAUUUUCCUGAUCCAGCUACCUCGCCUAGCAUGGUCAACUCUGCAUCUUUCCUACCUUCGUCACCUGUGAUUUUGCCAACCGUUAACACUGUAAAGCCAUUGGAUCCUCCUUCAGCAUCUCAAGUAUUCAGUGCAGUGCCAUUAGUUCUAUCACCCUCAUAUGAUUCAUAUCCUGUAGCUAGCUCUUCAGGUGUGUUGUCCCCUUUGGAACAGAAAGCCAGCUCGUCAUCCUCCCCGUUGUCCUCUCCAUCCAAGCCAACUGUCCUGUCUAGUGCUUCAUCCACUGUUUCUAGCUCAAAGCCUUUUAUGAGUUUAGUUAAGUCCCUUUCAACAGAUGUAGAACCAAAAGAGCCAACUCCUCCCACAAGACAUAGGCACUUAAUGAAAACCUUAGUGAAGUCUUUGUCCACAGAUACAUCUAAACAAGAAUCGGAAACUGUAUCCUACAAACCUCCUGACUCUAAACUGAACUUGCACCUGUUCAAACAGUUCACUCAACCUCGAGCUACAAGUGGUGAUUCCAAAACUGCCCCCUCUUCCCCAUUAACAUCUCCUUCAGAUACACGUUCUUUUUUUAAAGUACCUGAAAUGGAGGCUAAAAUUGAAGACACUAAACGACGCCUUUCAGAAGUCAUCUAUGAGCCUUUUCAACUCCUCAGCAAAAUAAUGGGUGAUGAAAGUAGUUGCCACAGGCCCAAAGCCUUAUCUUCAAGUGCUUCAGAACUUUCAAAUCUUUCCAAUUUAAAUGGCCAUUUGGAAAGCAAUAACAACUAUAGCAUUAAGGAAGAAGAAUGUGAUUCUGAAGGGGAAUAUGAUGGAAGUGAUUCUACUCUAAAUAAAAGUAAUCAGCUCAGAACUGUUGAGGAACAUGUGAAAGAUACGGACACUAAAAGCUCUCCGUCUGUGGGCACAAAGGACAUAAAUUUGAGAACUUCACUGGUAUUGGAGAAAUGUUCUUUGUCUGCACUGGCAAGCAAAGAAGAUGAAGAAUUUUGUGAACUGUAUUCUGAAGAGUUUUGUGUGAUAGAGGAUGAAAGCAAAGUGGAAAACCCCACAGAACCUUUGCUCCAGGCAGAAAUAACUGAGGAAAAUGGGACUGCUCUCCAUAGUGAAGAUGAAGCUGAUUUAUGCAUACAGCAGCCUAAAAUACCAGUUAAGACUUUGUAUUUCUUUACAAUGUUAGUCUAUGCUUAUCUUAUACUCCCUCUCCCUAGUUACUUCUGUGGACUCUUCCUGGGAGUUGCCCUUGGAUUUAUGAUUGCUAUCUGUUUGAUUUGGCUUUUUACAUCAAAUGUUCAUAAAUAUCACAAGCUACAUAGUAAUCUGAGCAAGCACUGGAAUACAGCAUCUCUGGACAUCAAAGAACCGGAAAUAUUGAAGGUGAGAUUGCUAAAUGGACAUAUUAUCCUUUGGCUAGAUCAGCUAAUUUAGUUCAGCAUAUUUGCACCUUAGAAUCAUAACUAUAAGUGAGCAUAAUUGAAGAUGUUAGCAAUAUUAAUCAUGAUUUUGUAGGCAAGAAUAUUCUACUUAGCUUCCUUCGUGAAUUACUUAUGCAAGACGAGAGAGAAUCAACGUUACUUCCCUCUUUGGAGCAGGGAUGGGGGACCUAAGGCCCAG